AUGGUGCACGGGACGGGCCUGGGGCCCCGCCUGAGCGCCGUCCUUCACCCCGCAGGUGCCUCCAGCAUGGCAGCGGCCGAAGUGCCCGGCUACCUUGUGUCUCCUCAGACGGAGAAGCACCGGCGGGCCCGCAACUGGACGGACGCUGAGAUGCGCGGCCUCAUGCUGGUCUGGGAGGAGUUCUUCGAGGAGCUGAAGCAGACCAAGCGCAACGCCAAGGUGUACGAGAAGAUGGCCAGCAAGCUGUUCGAGAUGACGGGCGAGCGCAGGCUGGGCGAGGAGAUCAAGAUCAAGAUCACCAACAUGACCUUCCAGUACAGGAAAUUAAAAUGCAUGACAGAUAGCGAGUCCGUCCCGCCGGACUGGCCCUAUUACCUAGCCAUUGAUAGGAUUCUGGCCAAAGUCCCCGAGUCCUGUGAGGGCAAACUACCAGACGGCCAGCAGCCGGGGCCCUCCACAUCCCAGACCGAGGCGUCUCUGUCGCCGUCCGCUAAGUCCACCCCUCUGUACUUACCGUAUACCCAGUGCUCCUACGAAGGCCGCUUCGAGGACGAUCGCUCCGACAGCUCCUCCAGCUUACUGUCCCUUAAGUUCAGGUCAGAGGAGCGGCCCGUGAAGAAGCGCAAGGUACAGAGCUGCCACUUGCAGAAGAAGAAGCUGAGGCUGCUGGAGGCCAUGCUGGAAGAGCAGCGCAGGCUGAGCCGGGCCAUGGAGGAGACCUGCCGUGAGGUGCGCCGUGUGCUGGACCAGCAGAACAUCCUGCAGGUGCAGAGCCUGCAGCUGCAGGAGCGCAUGAUGAGCCUGCUAGAGAAGAUCAUCGCCAAGUCCAACGUCUAGGCCAGCGUGCAGAUGGCCGGGCGGCAGCUGGGGGCCACAGCUCAGGCCCGCCCCAGCAGGGUCCCGCGGAGGGAGCAGGCUUCCUCCUGGCCUCUGUGGGCUGCCCCUGGGAGGGAGGUCCCUGAUGAGGACCCCACAGGCCCUGGGCGACCAUGAGAACCCCAUCUCCAGCAUUGAUGUCCUUCCUUGGACACAGGCCGGGGACUCAGGGCUAGUCACUCUGAGUAAGAGUGUCCUAGAACCCACCCUCCAGGGCAGUCCUAUCGGUGACACCUGGAAGCGCUUCGGAUAUUAAAUGUGUGCUUUUCACUCCUGCCUGGAAGCAGGACUCACUUUCUCUGGCUUGGAAGGGCCACACCAGGCCGAUCUGUCCUGCAAAGGAAGCAAAUGGAGAUAGGUCAGGGUGGGCUGGUGCCCAG